GAUUUUUCUGAUUUUACACUAUAAUAUUUGGAAUAAAACUAUUUUUUUAAAUUCUAUGAUAAUACAUUAUAAAUUUGUAGUUUUUGGAACCUCACCCCUCCCCUUCCAAAUGAAAAAUUCUAGUUGUUCCAUUAUUGUUAUUAAUGCUUAUAAUUAGGUGACACAGUUGUAAGAAUUUUCAAAGAUUCUGGUACAUCUUAUAAUAUUCUAUGUAAGCACAACAUUUGUUUAAACUUUAAAGGCAUCAUAAUUGAAAAUCUGAAACUGUUUAGAGUAUAUUUUUGAGAAUUCUCGAUCUUUUGGUGUUUAAAAGAAUUAUUUUACAAUUUUAACUGCAUAUUUUAUCUUAGAGCACAAAUUCCCAAUAAUAUAGUUUACUAAAAGUAAUGAAUUACCUAAAUAAAUAAUGCAAACAUUAUGUGGAUUUUUUUACUAGUUUGCUGCUAUUUCUCAUUAUUGUAAGAUUGUUAGAGAUUAUUUUAUAAAAAACAACCUAAGUCUAAUCUAAUAAGUAGUUAGAGUAUAUGGUAACGGUCCAAUAUGCGACCUACAAAUGUUCCUCGACCUACCGAUAAGAUUGAGUUGAUCUACAGGUUUCUUUAUCGCGAUAAUUGUCAUUAUGGGCAUUUUAUUCUAUUUUAUUUUAUUUUUGUUCUCCGAUAGGUAUACCUACUUACAAUCUUUUAUAAUACUUUACUGUCCUCAGUUAGUACAGUUCCGAUUUCAUUCGUAUGUGUCGUGCGCUCGUUUUGUGAUUUUUUAUUUAAGUUUUAUUUUGUGCGUGUGAAUUUUUUUGUUCAAACUCAACAUGACAUCUACUAUUGGUCACCUAUAUAGGAACAUUAUUAGAGAUGAAGUGGUAUGUGUUCAAUAUUUAAAAGACCGAGGGCUAUUACUGGCUGAUAAUCCGAUGACAUGUAUAAAGGUGAAAGACGGUGUCGUAUGUAAUGGCCAACUUGUGGAAUAUUUAAGAAGUAGUAAAAAACGAAAUUCUGAUGGCACUAUGAAAAGAGUUGUAACAUUACGAUGUACAAAACGGGGUUGCCAAACUUACCAAUCGAUUCGUAAAGAUAGUGACUUUUUUACAUACACGGAUCUUAACGGCCGUUGUAAUAGUCAGCUAUCAUUAUGUGAAAUAAUGGAAAUAGUUUGGUUCUGGGUUAAUUUAGUUCCAAUAAAUCAAGCUGUAAAUUGGACUAGAAGAAGCAAAAACACCAUAAUUGAUUGGUAUAAUUUAUGCAGAGAUAUACCAGUAUAUUGUUUUUCAAAAAGAGAGAAAAUGGGUGGUCCUGGUUGUACUGUCCAAAUUGACGAAUCCCUUUUUCAGGGUAAAAGGAAGUAUAACCGUGGUCGAUUACAGCGUGGGGACCAUCAGCCAUUAAGAGAAAUAAGUAAUUCCAGCAACGAAGAUUCUGAUGAAAAUGAAAUAGUACGUACAAAUAAAAAUUAUGGGAAUCGUAUAGUAGGCCCAUGGGUAUUUGGAAUUUGUUGGAAACGGCCAGACUUAUUAUUAGAACGGCGAUUUUUUAUAGUAGAAAAAUGGGAUCGAGAAACUCUUUUACAAAUUAUUAAAAAUGAAAUAAAAACUGGAACGACAAUUUAAAGUGACCAAUGGAGAGCGUACUCAACAUUAAAUCAUCAUGGAUAUAUUCAUCUAACAGUUAACCAUUCAGAAUUUUUUAUUGACCCGGAAACAGGAGCACACACUCAACAAAUUGAAGGCUUAUGGAGAAUUGUGAAAUCCAAAUAUAAUAUAAAAAAAAAUGGGGCGUCUCCUUUACUAGAUCGACAACUCCAAGAAGAGUGGUGGAGAUCGUGUCAAAAUCCAAAAACCAUUUUUGAUGCAUUUUUGACUGAUAUGAAAAAUACGUUUCAUAACAAUACAGACUGAAACAAUACAUAUAGUUAUUGACGACACUGAGAAGUGGAAUGAAAAACAAUACAUAUAGUUAUUGACGACACUGAGAAGUGGAAUGAAAAAAAGGUUAGUUAAAAAUUAAAAUUAUUUGUAUUUUACACGUAUUGAACCAUCAGUGUGUAGGUCGCAUAUUGGACCGUAAAUCAGUGUGUAGGUCGCAUAUUGGACCGUAAAUCAGUGUGUAGGUCGCAUAUUGGACCGUAAAUCAGUGUGUAGGUCGCAUAUUGGACCGUUACCGAGUAUAUAAACUAAUAAGUAAAUGAGCAAUAUUUAUAGUUAAACAUUUUUUGUUUAAUUUAAACAAUUGGAUUUUAUAUUUUAUAAUUUAAGGUGACCAAUCUAUAUUUCUCUUUAUCUGUUUCUGUUAAAUCACUUAAAAUAUGCUUCCAAUAUCACCCUAUUUACAAGUAUUUAAUUAUAGUUGGUAUGCAUUUCUAUACAAUUUUAAAUUGCUAAGGUUAUUAACUAUUAGAGUUGGGCCGAUAUUUGCAACAAUAUCAAAAAAAAAAAAUGUAUCAUUAAAUACAUAAUCUAAUUUUCAGCUAUACACGCAGUUAAAAACUAUAUUUAUGCUGUGCACUAAGUUGUCUAAUGGAAAUUGAAAAAUAUUUAAAUGGAGAUUUGGUAGCUGAGAAAGAAAACAUAUAUUAUUGUUCAUAGUAUUGGUCCAAAUCUUAGUUAGUUCGAUUAAAAAAGCAAACAGCUCAAUAUCAUUCUAGCACAUUGAGUUCAGUGCAUUCAGAACGUGACCUUAGUAUAGCAGGGUUCAUUUGUUGAAAAAGUAUAAAUACUUUAAAUCCUACUAAAAUAAGAAUUUAAUAUUUCUUUCA